UUGUUUAUCGCCGUAGUCAACUCAAUAUUUCUUUUUUACCGCCGCGUAAAAACUUGGUCAACGAAAUAUUUUUACUGUCAAGGGUAUAUUUUUUCUCUUUUUAGUUACCCCUUCUUGUCUUUCUCUCUCCUCAAUUUUCGCGAGAUGUUAAAACAGACUACGAUAUAGAGUGAGUGAUAGUGUGUGAAUUUCUGAAACCCUAGAAACUUAUUUCGAUUUCUGUUGCUUUCUUUUGGGGGAAAAUUUUCAAUUUUCUCUCUCUUCUCAAACUUCAAUGGCGUCGGAUCACCGGCAACGUCAUUGCUUCUAUCAGCAGAGGAGAGAAAUUAAGCGUGAAAUAUGGAAAGCUUGUGCAGGAAGCUUAAUUCAGACAUCAAUGGUGAAUUCUAUCGUUUAUUAUUUUCCAGAAGGACAUAUUCAACAAGCUUCUUCACCAGUUUCAAUUUCUGGAGUAAUGAAUUUAAAGAAUUACUAUGUAUGUCGUGUUCUAGAACUUUCUUUUCUUGCUGAUCCUGAUACUGAUGAAGUGUUUGUCAAGUAUCGUUUACAGCCAUUAGAGAAUAUUACGAACUUUGUUUUACAAAAUUCUGAGAAGAAUAAUGUUGUGGAGAACAAGAAGAACGACGUCGUUUCAUUCGCAAAGGUUUUAACACCUUCUGAUGCGAAUAAUGGUGGAGGAUUUUCUGUACCUCGUUUUUGUGCUGAUAAAAUAUUUCCACCAUUGGAUUUCACGGCUGAUCCACCGGUGCAGAAAAUAACAAUCACUGAUAUGCACGGAGAAGGUUGGGAUUUCAGGCAUAUAUACCGUGGGACACCAAGAAGACAUUUGUUGACUACUGGUUGGAGUAAAUUUGUGAACAGUAAGAAACUAAUUGCAGGAGAUUCUGUUGUUUUUAUAAUGGAUGAGAGUAAUGGAGGGUUGUUUGUUGGGAUUAGAAGGGCUGUUAAGAUGUCUAAUGAGGAUGUUUCUGGUUGGGGGUUGAUUCCGAAACCACCGUCUACUAGUGGAAGUGGUGGAGGGUUUUCGAGGGCUCAUAGGGGGAGGGUACCAGCGGAGGCGAUUGUGGAGGCGGUACAGAAGGCGGAGAAUGGAAUGGAAUUUGAGGUUGUUUAUUAUCCGAGGGCCGGGUUGCCGGAGUUUGUGAUUGGGGUUGAGAAGGUGCAGAUGUAUCAGUGGGAUAUUGGAAUGAGGGUUAAAAUGGCACAAGAGAGUGAAGAUGGAUCCAGGUUGACUUGGUAUAAUGGAACAGUUUCUGGUUUUCUUUGCAAUAAGAAUCCGGCUUUGGGGGGCCCUCUUUGGCGGGUACUUCAGGUUACAUGGGAUGAACCUGAAAUUCUGCAAAACAUGACGAAUGUGAGUCCUUGGCAAGUGGAGUUUAUUGCUCCAGCUCCACCUAUUCAUGCUCCAUUGCCCCCCAUGAAAAGAUUAAAGGGCGUACAAGACUCCGAACUAUUGGCUGAUCGAGAGGGAGAUCUCCCCUUACCUCCAAUGAGUUUCAGCUCAAUGAUGGGCCAUGUCAACCCACCCUACUUUAGUCACGAAACUUUUCCUGCUGGCAUGCAGGGAGCCAGGCAAAUUCCUUUCCUUCUUACUAGUUUACCUAAUAUCAAUAAUGACAGCACCCAUAAGGGGUGCCCUGAUGAUAAGGUGGACAGCACGAUGCAGAAGACGGAAGCUGUGUCCACUGACCUAAAUAUUGGCAGUAUACCCUCUGAGACACCUUCACCUGAUAGCCAGAACAGUGUGCAUUUCUUUAGCAUGGCUGCUACUAAACCACGUUCUUGCAAUGGAACCAAGAUCGGUUCUACUUCAUUUCACUUGUUUGGGGCAUUUAUCCAAGUAGAGCCGUGUCUCGCAAAUACAACUGAUAUAAGUACAGAAUAUGAUGACUCCUCAACUAAAUGCGCAAGAAAUGACGUGGAUAAAUCCUUGUUGGACCCUGAUAAGAAGUCAGAUGAUGGGCUUAGUGCUCAGAGAUCCUCUGGGGUAGAUGGAGAUGCUUUGUGAAUGGUGAUUUGCAAUGCGUGGUGAUCGGGAAGGUUGUACAGGUACGUUUGAAGUUCGUAAAUCGUAAUGCAGCAUCGGACCUGUGUUAAUUAUGAAGUAGCUUUGCGUAUGGUAGUUUGUGUUUUUUCGCGGGUGCUUUGUUUUAGGAGAAUAGUUGUGGAUCUAAACUUAUGGAUCCCUAAUCGAACUAAGUUUGAAUAAUUUGUAUUAGUGUUUUUUUUUUUUGAAAAACAGGGUGCUGAAAUUGUUAGUCCUUUGUUUUUGAGGCAGCAACAACAUUCCCAAGUUUAGUAGGAUACUUCCACUUUUGUUAAUUCUUGUUUCAAAUGCUCUUUGAAAUAGAUGGCAGGUGGAGUGUGUAUAUCUCUUUUAGUA